AGUGCCGUAUCCAAAAGCAGAGCGUGCUUUAGUCGCAUAGCAGCAGCAGCAGCCACCAAUAAACCCGAAAGGCCAGCCACAGAAGCGAGUUGCUUUAAAUUAGAUUUCUAAUCACCCCAAAACACACAACAAAAAACAAAGCAAAAUGUCUUCAAGUACGAGCAUCGACAAUCCCAUCUAUGGCCCCUUCUUCGGUGUUAUGGGCGCUGCAUCCGCCAUCAUCUUCUCAGCACUCGGCGCCGCUUAUGGCACUGCCAAGUCUGGUACCGGUAUUGCUGCCAUGUCGGUGAUGCGUCCUGAACUGAUCAUGAAAUCCAUCAUUCCUGUGGUCAUGGCGGGUAUCAUUGCCAUUUACGGUCUGGUCGUCGCCGUCCUGAUUGCCGGCCAACUUGAUGUUCCCCAGAAUUAUAGCCUGUACAAGGGCUUCAUUCACCUGGGCGCUGGCCUGUCCGUCGGCUUCUCGGGCAUGGCGGCCGGCUUCGCGAUCGGCAUUGUGGGCGAUGCCGGUGUCCGUGGCACGGCACAGCAGCCUCGUCUGUUCGUCGGCAUGAUCCUGAUUCUCAUUUUCGCUGAAGUGUUGGGUCUCUACGGCUUGAUUGUUGCCAUUUACAUGUACACGAAAUAAAUCAAUCAAUUCAACACACACCCAACAACAAGUAGACAAACAGCCCAGCAAUCAACAACAACAACAAGAGCAACUAAAACAACAACUGCAAGUAAAUCGUGCACCACAUUUAAUCAAAUCACCAUCCAGCAAUAACAAAUGUCAACAAAACUUGGUGGCAACUCUGGUGGCCGUUUGUAUAUAGCAACAAAAACAAAAAACUAAAAAAAACGACUGUAAAUGCACAGUUGGGCGCCGCCAUUGUCGUCACAUAAGGAUGAUGAUGAUUAAGAAGAACAUCAACAACAACAGCAACACCAUUUAUAAUUCCCUGUUAUUUGCCGCUUUUACUUUGCAUACACGCAUACAUAUGUGCAUAGAGAUAUCAUGUAUGUAUGUGUUAAUUGAUCAAUUGCUGGUCCACUGUUUAGUUUAGUUUAUUUUUUCCGUUCAAAUCAAUUUUGCAGUUAAGUUCAUAAAGUUGUAAUCAAAUAUCAAAUUUGUCUCUUACUCUUUUCCUUUAUCUUUAUUAUUUUUUGCGCUUCACAAAUCGUGUGCUCUUUGUUAUUUGUUUUUUCCAUUAUUAUUAUUAAAUAAUGUUUAGUGUAUAUGUAAAAUUCGUUAACGAACUCUGUAAAGAAAACCCAUAACAAUUGUAAAUUUGCAUACAGCUGCAACAACAAAUGAAACAAAUUUAGCGAAAAGGGCCAAACAACAACAAAAGUUAAAUUAAAUAAAUCACAUGUCGAUACCAACAACAGCAACAGUAGACGAAAAAACACUUGCGAAGGAAUAGAAACGGUGACAACGCUUGCAGCGUUGCCACCUCGCGAGACAACUGUGCAAGCGACAACGUUGUUGUUGGCGAUAAGAAAAAGACACAACAAAAACUACUUGGCAAUACUUCAACAACUGCAACAACAACAACCAACUACA